UUUCCAGAGAAAUCGCAAAGUUGGAUACACACACACACACACACACACACACACACAACGCCACCUUAGUUCCAUAUAUAACGCCACCUCUUUCCCCUGUCUCUCGCCGUGUUCAAACGACAAAGAUUUACAGGAAAGAUGGCGGGAAAUGACUGGAUAAACAGUUACCUGGAUGCAAUACUCGACGUUGAUCCGGGAAUUGACAAUGCAAAAUUGUCGCUGUUGCUUAGGGAGAGAGGUCGUUUCAGUCCCACUCGCUACUUCGUCGAAGAGGUUAUUACUGGCUUUGACGAGACUGAUCUCCAUCGUUCCUGGCUUCGAGCUGCAGCUAUGAGAAGCACGCAAGAGAGGAAUACCAGAUUAGAGAACAUGUGUUGGAGGAUUUGGAACUUGGCUCGGAAGAAGAAACAGCUUGAGGGAGAGGAACUUCAGCGUAAAAAUAAACGUCAGCUUGAACGUGAAAGAGGCCGCAGAGAGGCUACUGCUGAUAUGUCUGAAGACUUAUCAGAAGGAGAGAAAGGAGAUGUGCAUGGGGACAUUUCAUCUCAUGGUGAUGGUGCUGGAGGAAGAAUGCCUAGAAUAAGUUCUGUUGAUGUUAUGGAGAAUUGGACUAAUCAACUCAAGGACAAGAAACUUUACAUUGUGUUGAUAAGUCUUCAUGGCUUGAUACGCGGUGAAAACAUGGAGCUUGGGCGUGAUUCUGAUACGGGUGGCCAGGUUAAGUAUGUAGUAGAACUUGCAAGGGCAUUAAGCACAAUGCCAGGGGUUUAUCGAGUUGAUUUGCUUACAAGACAAGUAUCAGCUCCAGAUGUGGAUUGGAUUUAUGCUGAACCAACAGAGAUGCUGAAUCCAAUGAAGUCUGAGACUUCUAUGCAGGAACUUGGGGAAAGCAGUGGUUCUUACAUAAUACGCAUACCAUUUGGCCCAAAAGAUAAAUAUAUACAAAAGGAACUCCUUUGGCCUUAUAUUCCAGAAUUUGUGGAUGGGGCACUUAAGCAUAUUAUCCAGAUGUCCAAAGUGUUGGGGGAGCAAGUUGGUGGUGGAAAUCCUGUGUGGCCUAUUGCAAUUCAUGGGCAUUAUGCUGAUGCAGGGGACUCUGCUGCUCUUCUAUCUGGAGCUCUCAAUGUUCCUAUGAUUUUUACUGGUCAUUCACUGGGAAGAGAUAAGCUUGAACAACUUUUGAAACAAGGACGGCAAUCAAGGGAAGAAAUAAAUACAACAUACAAAAUAAUGCGGCGAAUAGAAGCAGAGGAGUUAACUCUUGAUGCUUCUGAGAUUAUUAUAACUAGCACCCGCCAGGAGAUAGAAGAACAAUGGCGCCUUUAUGAUGGCUUUGAUCCUGUACUAGAGCGCAAACUUAGAGCAAGGAUCAAGAGGGGAGUAAGCUGUCAUGGCAGGUUUAUGCCUCGUAUGGUGGUAAUUCCUCCCGGAAUGGAAUUACACCAUAUCAUUCCACAUAAUGGAGAUAUGGAUGCGGAAGAAGAGAAAAAUGAAGAGAAUCCUGCUGCUCCUGAUCCACCAAUUUGGUCAGAGAUAAUGCGUUUCUUUUCAAACCCCCGAAAGCCCAUGAUACUUGCCCUUGCCAGGCCAGACCCUAAAAAGAAUAUAACCACUUUAGUCAAAGCAUUUGGUGAAUGCCAACCGCUGAGGGAACUUGCUAACCUUACCUUAAUAAUGGGAAACCGUGAUGAUAUUGAUGAAAUGUCAGGCCCAAAUGCAUCUUAUCUUCUUUCCAUAAUUAAGCUCAUUGAUAAAUAUGAUCUGUAUGGCCAUGUGGCUUAUCCUAAACACCACAAGCAGUCUGAUGUUCCUAAUAUUUAUCGUCUUGCAGCAAAAACAAAGGGUGUUUUCAUCAAUCCUGCUUUCAUAGAACCUUUUGGGCUUACUUUGAUAGAGGCUGCAGCUUAUGGCUUGCCUACUGUUGCUACAAAAAAUGGGGGUCCUGUUGACAUUCUUCGGGUACUUGAUAAUGGACUGCUAGUUGAUCCCCAUGACCAGCAGUCUAUUGCCGAUGCUCUUUUGAAGCUUGUUUCAGAUAAACAACUUUGGGCAAGAUGCAGGCAGAAUGGACUGAAAAAUAUUCACCUUUUCUCAUGGCCUGAACAUUGUAAAACAUACUUAGCCCGCAUAAGCAGUUGCAGGCAUAGGCAUCCAACAUGGCAGAGAAGUGAAGAUGGGAUUCAAAAUUCAGAACCUGAUUCACCUGGUGAUUCUUUAAGAGACAUUACGGAUCUAUCUCUUAGUUUGAAGCUUUCAUUGGAUGGAGACAAAAAUGAAAGUGGAACUCUAGAUAAUUCUUUAGAUACUGAGGAAAAUACUGCAGAUGGAAAGAACAAGUCAGGCAGUAAUGUUCUGAUAUUGUCAAAAGGUGCUAUAGGAGGCAUACAGAGUGACUCAACAGACAAACUGAACCAUAAUAUUGGCUGUAGCAAAUUUCCAUCUCUGAGGCGGAGGAAUUAUAUUUAUGUUAUUGCAGUUGAUGGUGAUACAGCUGUAGAUUUUCUAGAAACUAUUAAGAUGGUUAUUGAAGCUGUGAGGAAAGAAAAUUCUACAGGGUUGAUAGGCUUUGUUUUAUCUACAUCCAUGACCAUAUCUGAGAUACACACGCUUCUGGCCUCAGGAGGCUUGAGCCAAAUGGAAUUUGAUGCAUUCAUCUGUAACAGUGGUAGUGAAAUCUAUUAUCCAUCUUCAAGCACCGAGAAUGUUGCUGGGCUUCCCUUUGUGUUAGACUUGGAUUACAGUUCACAUAUCGAAUACCGUUGGGGUGGAGAAGGCUUGAGGAAGACUUUGGUUCGCUGGGCUGCUUCUGUCAAUGAUUAUAAUGGACAGGAACAAAUUGUUGUUGAAGAUGAAUCAGGAUCAACUGCAUAUUGCUAUGCAUUUAAAGUAAAAGAACCAUCCUUGAUUCCUCCAUACAAAGAACUUCGGAAAUUGAUGAGAAUUCAGGGUCUUAGAUGUCAUGUAAUCUAUUGUCAGAAUGGUACCAAGCUAAAUGUAAUCCCAGUGUUGGCUUCUCGAUCCCAAGCUCUCAGGUAUCUAUAUGUUCGAUGGGGCACAGACUUAUCAAAAAUUGUGGUUUUCGUGGGCGAAUGUGGUGAUACAGAUUACGAAGGCCUGGUUGGUGGACUCAAGAAAUCAGUUAUAUUAAAGGGAAUCGGCAGCGCUGCCCGCAAGCUUCAUGCUAACAGAAGCUAUAAGUUAGAAGAUGUUAUACCAUACGACAGUACCAAUGUUGUGGAAAGCGAGGGAUGCAAUGUGAAUGACAUAAAGCUAGCACUGGAGAAAUUAGGAGUUCUGAAGUGUUAGAAAAUUGGAAAAUCUUUGCCUUUAAAAUGAAAAAAUAAAUUGCAGGGGGAUUUUCCUUGCAAAACCCAAACCCAAACCCAAACCCAAAGCCCCUGCUGCUUCUUUGUUCUUCAUUUGGAAUGGUACUGAAGUAAUUACUGAUCAGUAAUCCGCACAAUUCCUUGUUUUUCGACUGUCGUUGUAAUAUUCAACGGAAUUCUACAUAAGAAUUUGAGUUAUAUGUAUAAGUUCGCUACUUUAAUUUGAACCUCUUUGGAACUAA